CUCGCCCAGCCUGCUCCAGAGCCGUCACACAUUCUUUGGUUUGUCGACUCCUCGGACACACCUCAGCCAACACAGCAAUGUCUGACUUCUCGGAAGAUCAAAUUAUUGAGUUUAAGGAGGCAUUCUUGCUGUUCGACAGGACAGGAGAUGGCAAGAUCAGCUUCAGCCAGUGUGGUGAUGUCAUGCGGGCCCUGGGCCAGAACCCCGUCAAUGCCGAGGUGCUUAAGGUCCUGGGCAACCCCAAGGCCGACGAGUUGAACUGCAAGAUGCUCGACUUUGAGCAGUUCCUGCCCAUGUUCCAGGCCAUCGCUAAAAAUAAAGACCAGGGCUCCAUGGAGGACUUUGUGGAGGGGCUGCGUGUCUUUGACAAGGAGGGCAACGGCACAGUAAUGGGAGCAGAGCUUCGUCACGUCCUCACCACGCUAGGUGAGAAAAUGUCAGAGGAGGAAGUUGAGACACUCUUGGCUGGACACGAAGAUGCCAAUGGUUGCAUCAAUUAUGAAGCGUUUGUCCGCCACAUCAUGUCAGGCUGAGGGCCGAACUCGUCAGGAUGGUCAUGAACGGGUGAAGACGAAGAGCAGCCAACUUUUUCUACCCUGUCACAUGUACCCCAUAUUUUCAGUUUGCUUCGACAUCACCUGCCCCCCCAACCUUUUCCAUGGAUUGGUUUUCCACAUUGGUUUGAUUUAAGAAGUGCCUUUUACAUUCCCUACGAAGACCAGAGGGCCCCGUCUUUGCCGGCAGGUCCAUUCACAGAUGUGACCAACGUGUAUGCAUUCAGAUGUCUUAAUGCUCGCAUUGUUUGCAUUAUCAUUCCCAGAUGCAGCACUUAAGAUGACAUGCAUCAAUAAAGAUAUACUGUAAUUAUUCAUACUAGUGUGUCAAUGUUGGAUGGGACAUUAAUAUAUAUACAUGUAUGGUAUCCAGCUGUCAGCAACCUACUGUAUCAUUGGCUAAACAUUUCUUUGGCAGAGGAAUUUGUUCCUCCAAUCAUGCGGUAAAUCGCUAUAUUCAAAACCAUACUAUCAUACAGUAAAAAAAAAUUGUUAAAUGUGCUCCCAUGUUUUUAAUUCCCCUAAAUCUUUUGCUUCAUUUAAAUAAAUGUUUUUCCUGAAAACUAA